AUGGUUUGGGACGGAGGAAUCGAGCCCAAUGGCACAGAGGGCAAGAACUUCUACAUCCCCAUGUCCAACAGGACUGGGAUUGUUAGAAGUCCUUUUGAAUACCCUCAGUUUUACAUGGUAGAUUCUAUGAUGUACAAACUUCUAGCUUUCUACAUGUUCUUCCUGAUCUGCACUGGAACCCCCAUCAACGGUCUGGCAGUGCUGGUCACGUUUCAGAACAAGAAACUCAGGCAACCUCUCAACUACAUCCUGGUCAACCUGGCCGUGGCCGGACUCAUCAUGUGCUGCUUCGGAUUCACCAUCACCAUCACCUCUGCUUUUAACGGCUACUUCAUUCUGGGAGCCACUUUCUGCGCUAUUGAGGGAUUCAUGGCUACACUCGGAGGUGAAGUCGCUCUCUGGUCUCUGGUCGUCCUGGCUGUUGAGAGAUACAUCGUCGUCUGCAAACCCAUGGGAAGCUUCAAGUUCAGCGGAACUCAUGCAGGAGCUGGAGUCCUCUUCACCUGGAUCAUGGCUUUUGCAUGUGCUGGCCCCCCACUGUUCGGCUGGUCCAGGUACCUCCCUGAGGGCAUGCAGUGCUCUUGCGGACCAGACUAUUACACUCUGGCCCCCGGCUACAACAAUGAGUCAUACGUCAUCUACAUGUUUGUCGUCCACUUCUUCGUUCCCGUCUUUGUGAUUUUCUUCACAUACGGAAGCCUUGUGCUGACAGUCAAAGCUGCUGCAGCUCAGCAGCAGGAGUCAGAGUCCACCCAGAAGGCUGAGAGGGAAGUGACACGUAUGUGCGUCCUGAUGGUCAUUGGCUUCCUCGUGGCUUGGACCCCAUAUGCCACUUUCGCUGGCUGGAUCUUCAUGAACAAGGGAGCUGCCUUCACCGCCCUGACUGCAUCCAUCCCUGCCUUCUUUGCUAAGAGCUCAGCUCUCUAUAACCCUGUUAUCUACGUGCUGAUGAACAAACAGUUCCGUAACUGCAUGCUGAGCGCUAUUGGAAUGGGAGGCAUGGUGGAGGAUGAGACCUCAGUGUCUGCCAGCAAAACAGAAGUGUCCUCUGUUUCUUAAACAUAAAGACAUUUUCAUUAACCUGGACAUUUUCCUUUCCACUGUCUCUUCAAUCUGGAAUAAUCCUCAAUGUGGACUGAGUGAGGUUCAGGGACGUCUGAACUACUUGACCAGUGAUGAACGGCUCCAGG